UCGCUCCUUUGAGCUUCCUCCAGCUUCAGUUUUACCUCCUGUGUGAAAUAACUUAACAUUAAUAUUAAAAAUGGGCUUCGGUGAUCUGAAAACCCCCGCUGGUCUCAAAGUCUUGAACGACUUUUUGGCUGAUAAAAGCUAUAUCGAGGGGUAUGUUCCUUCUCAGGCUGAUGUCGCCGUAUUUGAUGCUCUUUCCGGUGCCCCACCAGCUAACCUGUGCCAUGCCCUUCGCUGGUACAACCACAUCAAAUCCUACCAGAAAGAGAAAGCCAGCCUACCAGGAGUAAAGAAGCCACUGGGUCAGUACGGUCCAGCUGGUGUGGAAGACACUACUACUGGAGCCGCUCCUGCUAAAAAGCAGGAAAAAGAGGAGGAAGAUGACGACGACAUCGAUCUGUUCGGCUCAGACGAGGAGGAGGAUGAGGAGACCACGAGAAUCAAGGAGGAAAGACUGGCAGCCUACAAUGCAAAGAAAUCCAAAAAACCUGCCCUCAUUGCAAAGUCAUCCAUCCUUUUGGAUGUCAAGCCCUGGGACGAUGAAACAGAUAUGUCCAAACUUGAGGAGUGUGUUCGUAGCAUUCAGCUGGAUGGCCUGGUUUGGGGCCAGUCUAAAUUGUUGCCAGUCGGCUAUGGCAUCAAGAAGCUGCAGAUUUCCUGUGUGGUAGAAGACGACAAAGUUGGAACAGAUCAGCUGGAGGAGCUGAUUACUGCCUUUGAGGACUUUGUACAGUCAAUGGAUGUGGCUGCUUUCAACAAAAUUUAAGACCCCACAACAAAUGCAUUACACAAUAAAAUGGCACUUACAGAUG